AUGGGGAAAAUAACAUCGAUGGAGUACUUCCGAGUCCCUCCGCGGUGGCUCUUCGUCAAAUUGACAGAUGACACAGGCGUCGCUGGAUGGGGAGAGGCCUCUCUGGAGGGACACACGACGGCGGUGGAAGGGUGUCUUGAUGGGUGGUUUGAGAGAUACAAGGGGCUAGAAGCAGAAAACAUCGAAGACAUCUGGCAGCUGUCGUGGCGCGGGAGCUUCUAUCGCGGCGGGCCGGUGUUCAUGAGCGCGUUGUCUGGGAUCGAUAUCGCGCUGUGGGAUUUGAAAGCACGCAAGCUUAACGUACCUAUCUACCACCUGCUAGGUGGGAAGGUUCGUGACAAAGUUCGAGUAUACGCCUGGAUUGGCGGGGACAGGCCCAGCGAGGUCGAGGUCCAGGCGCAAGCUCGGAAAGAACAAGGAUUCCACGCUGUGAAGAUGAACGGCACAGGAGACACAGCAUGGCUGGAUUCGCCACGCGUGCUUAACGAAGUACUCGAGCGACUCAAAGCCGUGAAAACGCUCGGAAUCGACGUCGCCGUUGACUUCCACGGCCGUGUACACAAACCUAUGGCCAAACGGCUUGCGCGGGCUCUCGAGCCCCACGAACCGCUAUUUAUCGAAGAGCCGCUCCUUGUGGAACACAUCGGUGGAAUCAAGCAAGUCUCAGAACUGACGGGUGUUCCGAUCGCUCUGGGCGAGAGACUCUACAGCCGGUGGGACGUAAAACCGUUCUUGGAAAACGGGAGCGUGGAUAUCCUGCAGCCGGACAUCUGUCAUAUCGGCGGGAUCUCGGAAAUGAAGCGCAUAGCGGCGAUGUGCGAGGCAUAUGAUGUUGGUGUUGCGCCGCAUUGUCCGUUAGGCCCGAUCGCUCUGGCGGCGAAUGUGCAGGUGAAUGCGACGAUGGCGAAUUUUGCGAUCCAGGAAAUGGGGAUCGGCAUGCAUUACAAUGAUAUGGGGCAGGAUAUCACGAGCUAUAUCUUGAAUCCUGAGGUGUGGACUGUGCGGGACGGUCACAUCGAUGUUCUGUCUGGUCCAGGGCUGGGAAUUGAAAUCAAUGAGGAGGAGGUGAGGCGUCUGUCUGAAGAUACAAAGACUUGGAAGAUUCCUGAGUUUCGAGGUCCGUGUGGGGAGCUGCGCGAGUGGUAGGGCUAGCUGUAUGGCGAGG